AAAAAUAUGCUCCACUUGUUGUUAAUAUUAGGGGUUGUUUAUGGAAGAAACAAUUCUAACAAUGAUACCAUAAGAAUUCAAACACCAGGUUGAUAUCAUUCUAUAUUCCAUUAGAAAAUGAAAAAAAUAUGAACAACACUAAAAACAUUUUUUAUUCUUGUUUAAUUACAUCAUCAUCAUAUUUGACAUAUAAUGAUGAUGUUGUAAUUAACUAAUUAAAUUAAAUCAUAGAAGCAUACUAAACUAUUGAAUUACCAGAAAUUAGAUUUGAAACAGAGAGAAAAGCUAGUAAGAGAAUCUAAAUUGAUGCUACUCAACAUUGCAUUCUUAGAUAAAAUGCAAUGGUAGCUUAAUAAGUUAUUAAAAAUUGAUUAAUUAUUUUUAGAUGUAUGAUGAAAUACAAGUUGGAUAAUUCAAUGUCUCUAAGUAUUAUUAUUUAAUGAAUGAUUUUGAUUUUUCAAAAUAUCAAAAUUAAUCUGCUAAAAUUACCUUUGAUCAAGAUGAAGAAUCCGUAUGGAAGAUUAUGGAAGUAAUUUAAUAUGAAAUUCUAGGAUUUCUAAGCAAAAUCAAGAGAAAUGAUAGGUGAUGAUGAAUUUGAUGCACUAAACUAUCAAUAAUAUCCUGAUUAUAUGGAAAAUCCAUAUGAAACUAAAGUAUUUGGUUAAUCUAUUGAUAAACAAUCAAAUUUUUCCAUUUUAAUCUUUGCCUCUGUUUUUAUAUCAUUCUUUAUCAUUAUGAUUUUAGGUAUCAAAAUAUGAUUUAUUUUAGCUUAUAAUGCAUUAAAAGAUUCCCAUAAAAAGGUUGAAUAAAAAAAAGAAAAGAAAUCUAAAAAGCAGAAAUGA